GGCAGGAUCUGGCCGAGCAGCCACUAGCACCGGCACCGGCGGCCCGCUUCCCAUCCUCGCCAUCGCCGGCUGGCGCGAGUCCUUGGUGCCCGGCGAGGGGCCUCCUGUCCCGGGCGCGAUGGGCCAGGCCAACUGCUGCUGCGGCUCCAGGGAGGCUCUCAGCGAGGCCGAGGCGGUGCUGAGCGCGGACGUGCAGCUGAGCCGGGGCCGCGAGAGGAGCGCGAGGCGCCUUCUCCUCCUCCAAGAGGAGCUGGUGGUGGCCAAGUUGCAAGGUGGCACCAGCCUGCGCCCACAGCUGCGCCUGGCCCUGGAGCAGCUGUGGGUGCUGAGCGGCAGGAAGGAGGCGGCGGGGGAGGAAGAAGAGGAGGAGCAGGAAGGCAGCGGCGUGGACAGGAGCUCCCUCGUCUUCGUCUGGCCCAGCGGCUCCUGCAUUGCCACUUUCGGCUCCCGGGCACUGAAGGAGCUGUGGCUGGGCACACUGCUGGGGGCACCCGAAGGAGCCGCGAAAGUGCGGGUGACCCGUCUCCCAUCGCUCCAAGUCCUGGAGAAGGAGCUGAGGCGCCGCCGUGCCGUGAGUGUCUCUCUGGCCUGGGCUCUGUCCCCGAGCGAGCGCUGGUCCUGCAGCUGCCGAGCAGCAGAGGCACGGCUGCUCAGCUCCUCGCCCUCUUUCUCGCUUGGCCAGGGGAGGACAUUCAGCGCCAGGAGCCUGGAGAGGCUGCUGGAGGGCCAGGCCAAGGCCGAUCGCAAGCAAGGGCUCGCGCCGGUCCCGUCCGGCGACGCGGGGGCACGCUGCCGCUCAGCAGGUGAGUAUUGGAAAGCAAGGCCAGCUCCUGCAACCGACCGGCUGAGCUGUGCUCACUUGUCCCUUGAGUGUCGCCAUGCAGGUGCGGUAGCCCGAGGGAGGACGUCGGCGGGAGGAGCAAGGACACCCGCUGGGCAGCGGCCGCUGGAUGUGGUUCUGCGGGGACAGGGAGCCUCUGCUGCUGCUGCUGCUGCUGCUGCUGCCCCGGGGCUUGGCAGGGCGAGGGCUGGGCCGGGCUGUCCCGGUGGCACGCCGGCUCUCGGGAGCCUCCGAGCGAGCCAGAGCCGCGGUUCCGGCCGCUGGCUCCCUGCCCCCCCUGCCGCACCGCUCAGCGCUGCGCUGCAGGGCAGGGCAGGGCAGGGCAGGCUCCGGGAGCGCUGGCCUGGCGGUCUCCAUUGAGGGGCUCGUGCUCUCUU